UCCCUCACACACUUCUCCUCAAGCCUUCUCCUGCUGCAGACUACCAGGCACCCUCCACACCACACCCAUGGCCUGCUACAACCGCUGCAGUCCCUGCGGACCCACCCCGCUGGCCAACAGCUGCAACGAGCCCUGUGCCCUGCAAUGCCAGGAUUCCCGCGUCAUCAUCGACCCUUCCCCUGUGCUGGUCACCCUGCCAGGACCCAUCAUGACCUCCUUCCCCCAGAACACCGCCGUCGGAUCCACCUCCUCCGCUGCUCUGGGCACUGAGCUCAAUGCCCAGGGACAGCCCAUCUCUGGCGGAUUUGGCUUUGGCCUUGGCUACGGCCUGGGAGGCCUGGGCUGCUAUGGCAGAAGGGGCUAUGGCUACAUCUGCUAA